UACAUUCUAGUUCAUUAUCACAUGACCACUCAAUUUGUUUACAUCGGAUAUGUUCUUUAAUGUAAAUCAUCACACCCCCUCCUCUUCCUUCAAUCCUGUCUCUCCUGAAAACAUUGUAGCCAGGCACAAUCAAAGCAGCAUAUGGAGAGUGUUUAUGGAGCCAUGUCUCUGAGAGGCAGAGAAAGUCAAGGUUGGAGUCUGUGAGUAGAUGUUGAAUUUGAUCACUUUUUGGAAUGACACUACGAAUGUUCAAGUGCCCCCCUAGUAGUCCCUUGGGCUUAGCUCGUGGGUCCCAGAUGACUCGAGAGUGAUUGACACAUUGAAAAAAGUUAAAAUUUCGAUGUUUUCUGACGGCUGGGUUUAGGCCGUUUUGAUUAGGGGCAGUUCGGUAGCGCAAUUAACAAUCCCUCCCGCCUGCACUGGAUGCGGGGAACUAAUUAAAAUAGCUUGCGUACCAGAAGCAGAGUCAGGGAUCGCAUAUAGCGACUCUGGUAUGUUUGAAGAGUCAAAAUCUAUCCUGGAGCCGGGUGAGUCGAGAGAAACCAUAGGACCAUAGCACUCACCCACCUCCACAGCGGCGACGACCAGUGGACGAGGCCUUCCACCGCUCUCCACUCCGGUGCGUAUCACUGGCUCGGUGAUAUUGGGCCCAGGAUUGAGUUGUACAUCCCCGGAGAACAGGAGGGUAGUGAACAGAUCUGUGCCUCGACACAAUCCUGUCUCGGAGCUCUACGGACAAUUCCUUUGACCUCAUGGCUUGGUUUUUGCUCUGACAUGCACUGUCAAAUGUGGGACCUUAUAUAAACAGUCCAGGGCCUCUGUGGCCCGCUCAGACAAUACCCAGCAGUCAGACGACCCAGCUGGUAUUUUCGAACUGGUGGAAGUGGUCGGCAAUGGUACCUAUGGACAAGUAUACAAGGGACGACAUGUCAAGACAGGACAACUGGCGGCCAUCAAGGUCAUGGACGUCACAGAGGAUGAAGAGGAGGAGAUUAAACUGGAGAUUAAUAUGCUGAAGAAGUACUCCCACCACAGAAACAUAGCCACCUACUACGGAGCCUUCAUCAAGAAGAGCCCCCCAGGACACGACGACCAGCUAUGGCUGGUGAUGGAGUUCUGUGGCGCAGGCUCCAUCACAGACCUUGUGAAGAACACCAAGGGCAACACACUGAAGGAGGACUGGAUCGCCUACAUCUCUCGUGAGAUCCUCAGGGGGUUGGCUCACCUGCACGCCCACCAUGUGAUCCACCGUGACAUCAAGGGCCAGAACGUGCUGCUGACUGAGAACGCAGAGGUCAAACUAGUGGACUUCGGUGUGAGCGCCCAGCUGGACCGGACAGUGGGUAGGAGGAACACCUUCAUUGGUACGCCCUAUUGGAUGGCGCCCGAGGUCAUCGCCUGCGACGAGAACCCAGACGCCACCUAUGACUACAGAAGUGACUUGUGGUCCACUGGAAUCACAGCUAUAGAGAUGGCUGAGGGAGCUCCUCCGCUGUGCGAUAUGCAUCCAAUGAGAGCUCUCUUCCUCAUCCCCAGAAACCCUCCUCCUCGACUCAAGUCAAAGAAAUGGUCUAAGAAGUUUUGCAGCUUCAUCGAGGGCUCCCUGGUGAAGAACUACACUCAGCGCCCCCCCACCGACCAGCUGCUGAAACACCCCUUCAUCAGAGACCAGCCCAACGAAAGGCAGGUCCGCAUCCAGCUCAAAGACCACAUCGACCGCACCAAGAAGAAGAGGGGGGAGAAGGAUGAGACCGAGUAUGAGUACAGUGGGAGUGAGGAAGAGGAGGAGGAAGCUCAGGAGCAGGAGGGGGAGCCCAGCUCCAUAGUGAACCAACCAGGGGAGUCAACCCUGCGUAGGGAUUUCAUCCGUCUGCAGCAAGAGAACAAGGAGCGCUCAGAGGCCCUGCGCAGACAGCAGCUCUUGCAGGAGCAGCAGCUCCGGGAGCAGGAGGAGUACAAGCGCCAACUACUGGCAGAGAGGCAGAAACGCAUCGAGCAGCAGAAGGAGCAGAGGAGGAGGCUGGAGGAGCAACAACGUCGUGAGCGGGAGAUGAGGAGGCAGCAGGAGCGCGAGCAGCGUCGCCGGGAGCAGGAUGACAAGAGGCGCAUGGAAGAGGUUGAACGCCGGCGUAAAGAGGAGGAGGAGCGCAGGAGGGCUGAGGAGGAGAAAAGGAGGGCUGACCGGGAGCAGGAGUACAUCCGUCGCCAGCUGGAGGAGGAGCAGAGGCACCUGGAGAUCCUGCAGCAGCAGCUGCUCCAUGAACAGGCCAUGCUACUGGUGAGACCAAACUCUGCUGAUGAGAGGUACCGUAAAAACAUCCAAGGUUCUCCUCAGGCCGCCCAGGUUAAGGUUCAGCCCCCGGUUCCUCCCCGCGCCGCCGAGACCAUCGCCAAUGGAAACACCCCCAUUGCUGUCCAGCCUGCCAUGCAAAGGCCCAUGGAACCCCAGGUCCAGUGGUCCCACCUGGCCGCUCCCCCCGUCGUCUCACGCUCCCAUUCCUUCAGUGAGCCCAUCGUCCCUAGCUUUGCACACCUCCACCUGUGCUCUCAGGAGCAACACCAUCACCCUGCACAAUCAUCACCCGCACGCACUGACCCGCAGUCCUACCCCCAGCCCAAGGCCCUGCCCCUUGACAAGGCCCCCACAGACGACACCCCUCCCAGGGUUCCUAUGAGGACAACGUCCAGGUCUCCAGUACUGUCACGCAGGGACUCUCCUCUACAUGGCAACUCCAAUGCCACACCUAACAACCCGGCGGGCCAGAGGAACGCCUGCAGUGCUGCAGCAGAGCCGCGUCUGCUGUGGGAGCGGGUGGAGAAACUGGUUCCCAGACCAACGAGUGGCAGUGGUAGUACUUGCAGCUCCUCCGGCUCCAGUAACUCCAGCUCCCAGCCCAGCUCUCACAGUGGCUCAGGCGAGAGGUUCAGAGCCCGCUCCUCAUCAAAGUCUGAGGGUUCUCCCCUCCAGCAUCCAGAGCAUGCUGGGAAAAAACCUGAGGAGAGGAAGGAGUCUGUCAGAACUAACCGACUGGCGGACCUGACCGCGCUGGCCAAAGAGCUGCGUGUGGUGGAGGACGUGCAACGCCCCCACAAGGUGACAGACUACUCCUCAUCUAGUGAGGAGUCGGGGACCACGGAUGAGGAUGAGGAUGAUGAAGAGGUAGACCAGGAGGGAGGAGAGGAGUCUACCUCAGGACCAGAGGACUCUCACGCUGUCUCCUCCAGACUAAGCAACGGAGAGAUGGAAUCGGUGAAGACCUUGAUCGUUCAUGUCGAGGGCGAGAGUGACUCUAAAACCACACCCUGUAAAGAUGACACUCUGAUCGUCAGACCGAGUACAGGUGACAACAAAAAGCGACCUACCCCCAGCCCUGGUCAUGGCCCUGUCCCUGGGUUUAACACCAGCCCCGGGCUGAUUCGCCCUGCCCUCCAGGGCCUUCCAGGCCUCCAAGGCCACCCUGGUCUCCAAGGCCACCAGGAGAAAAAUGGCUUUGUGGGCCGCAUUCACCUCCUGCCUGACCUGAUCCAGCAGAGCCACCACUCCCCCUCCUCCUCUGCCUCCUCCUCUCCCUCCUCCUCCAGCAUGGCGAGCCCCACCAUGUCCAUGUCCCCCCAGAGCCCCCUGGACAAGCUCAGCAUACUCCUGGAGAGUCAUUCUGUCAGCAACACAAUGCAGAAACACAAGUCCUCCUCCUCCUUCACUCCUUUUAUCGAUCCACGCCUCCUCCAGGUCUCUACAUCCGGCGCAGCUCUCAACAACCUGGCUUUUGGGAACGACGCCAGGCUGGCGGAGGCACUGAGGGCAGACCCGUCACGUAAAGGCUCCGUGGUCAAUGUGAACCCUGUCAACACACGGCCGCAGAGUGACACCCCAGAGAUCCGCAAGUACAAGAAGAGGUUCAACUCUGAGAUCCUGUGUGCUGCGCUCUGGGGAGUGAACCUGCUGGUGGGGACAGAGAGUGGUCUGAUGCUGCUGGAUCGUAGCGGUCAGGGGAAGGUGUAUCCCCUCAUCAGCAGACGCCGCUUCCAACAAAUGGAUGUCCUAGAGGGACUCAACGUCCUGGUUACUAUAUCAGGCAAGAAGAACAAGUUGCGUGUGUACUAUCUGUCCUGGUUGAGGAACAAGAUCCUGCACAACGACCCUGAGGUGGAGAAGAAGCAGGGCUGGGUCACUGUGGGUGACCUGGAGGGUGCUGUUCACUACAAAGUUGUGAAAUACGAGAGGAUCAAGUUUUUGGUUUUGGCCCUGAAGAACUCGGUGGAGGUCUAUGCAUGGGCACCGAAACCCUACCACAAGUUCAUGGCUUUUAAGUCGUUUGGUGACCUGGUGCACAAGCCCCUGCUGGUUGACCUAACGGUGGAGGAGGGUCAGAGGUUAAAGGUAAUCUAUGGCUCCAGUAACGGAUUUCAUGCUGUGGACGUGGACUCGGGGGCCGUCUACGACAUCUACCUGCCCACCCAUAUCCAGACCAGUAUCCAGUCCCAUGCCAUCAUCAUCCUGCCCAACACAGAUGGCAUUGAGCUGCUGGUGUGUUACGAGGACGAGGGUGUCUAUGUCAACACCUACGGACGCAUCACCAAGGACGUGGUGCUGCAGUGGGGCGAGAUGCCCACUUCUGUGGCCUAUAUCCGUUCUAACCAGAUAAUGGGCUGGGGGGAGAAAGCCAUAGAGAUCAGAUCUGUGGAGACUGGACAUCUCGACGGAGUCUUCAUGCACAAGAGAGCCCAGAGACUCAAGUUCCUGUGUGAGAGGAACGACAAGGUGUUCUUUGCCUCGGUGCGAUCCGGAGGAGCCAGCCAGGUGUACUUUAUGACCCUGGGGCGCACCUCUCUGCUCAGCUGGUAGAGAGACUACACCCCCUCUACACUGGAAACCAACCAACCACGGUUUACCCAACGUUCAACGAUGCCAUCGGUCAAAAGCCAACCACCUCCGACAUAAUCAUGACCUUCGCCCCGGGGCAUCGUGCUAUAUUGAGGAUACACAACAUCUUGUUUUUUUUCUCACCUUUAUUUAACCAGGUAGGCAAGUUGAGAACAAGUUCUCAUUUACAAUUGCGACCUGGUAGAUGACGUUGCCCCAGCCGUGAAUACCAGAUAUGAGAAUUGUAAAAAAAAAAAAAAAGAAGUUAAUUGAUUAUAAAUCAAAUAAAAAAAUGUGAAGAAAGGGGGUGAACAGUUUGCCCCACUUUGGUGCUCAACAGGUUGUGGACACACGCCUGUGCGGGGCCGUUGCCCUGAAGGCGUGUGUGCGUGUGUGUGUGUGUGUGUGUCUGUGUGUGUGGGUGUGUCGUUCCUAGUUCCCGACUGUGGUAUGGGCUUGAAGUCUACUACUAACUACUCUGUGCAUCCUAUUGCUCGUAUUUCAGGAGUCCCCCUCCCCUUCCUUUCCUUAGCGAAGGAGGGGCAGGGGGCGGAGCAUACAGUGUUAAUGCUACAGUAGUGUAUGUCAAUGUCUUUCUGUUUGGUCCAAUGAUUGCUGACUGCGGGGGGGGAGGGGAGGGGGGGGGGUGUUGAAGCUGUCAGUCAGGGAGGAGGUGGGAAUAAAGAAGCUGUGCAAGGGAGCCAAUUGGUUCUAGGCUCAAUGCUGUCAUGACACAGUGUGUGGGAUGGGCCUAUGCAUUUUACCGUAAGUCUGUUAUCUGAGAGGACUCAGCUGGAGUGUGUUGAUAGUUAGGACAGCUACCGUAUUUUAAUGUGCAGGUUCAUGUAAAAACAUUUGAACCAGAUGGACUUUGAAAUAGUGUUUUUAUUUUAUUAUGAUUCCCUAAAAAAAAGUAAGUAUUUGGAGUUAAUAUUUAUUUUACCUUGGUUUUAAAAAUCACAAUGCACAUAGCCUCCAGUUUUCUUUGCUUUUAUUUCGACCCACAAAACAUUCAAAUGCUUUGAGUCAGAGAGUGGGUGGGUAAAACAUUUAAAUAGUAUCUAUGUAUAAUAAAUAUUAAUUUAAUAUCAUUCAUAGUUUCAAUUGUCAUGUUAGUGGAAUCCUCAGUCCAACAUGACGCUGUGUUCCGGCUUGUACCAUCAGAGUCCAGGAUGGAGGACAUGGUCCUGAUGUGAAUAGACAGAUAUAAUAAAAGAGAGUGGAGGAGAAGGUUCAGGUCAUAUACAGUAUGUGUGUGGUAGUAAAGGGGCCAAUAAUAGAUGAGAGAAGAGGGGUGUCAAUGUAAGUUUUUGUAGCAGAAAGGUUACACAUGGUCAGCAAACCUCAAUGGACUCAUAGACUGUGGAUGGAAAUAAUGGUGGCGUUUUAUUGUUGUUUUUCAUGAGUAUCUUUUUAUGAAUGCAAUGCACUAAGUGUCAAGAAUGUAGAAAGAAAUAUACUGUGUGGUGGUCAAAGGCAUGAUAAUUUUAUUUUUGUUCCUUGUCACAAGUGAUCAAUUUCAAGUUGACACAAGUGAAUAUUAAACAAUGGAGGUUCUAAUGAAGAUGUCGGUUUUUGGGGCAAUUCUGAAUCGUUUCUGAGACUAGUUUGUGACUCCUUUCACAAACUCAAUGUUUUAAAGUGAAUCGGGGCUUAAGCGUUAACAGCUCUGAGUUGAGAAGUUGCUAGGCUACAGUAGUUUCCUGUGGGGCCAGUUUGCUCAUAGUAGCUUAAUCAACCUGAUGCGCUAACAGGGCUUUAGACCUCAGUGUUUAACUCUAAAAAAAACAUUGCCAGGCUCAAUAAAGAAGUCUUGAGCUCUCCUUCUUGUCCUUCUAGUGUGAUGUGUCAGCUUGUUAAUGGAAGGCAAAUCAAAACAACUGUUUCAAAUCAGAGGAGAGCAGAGCAUGGGUGACAUCUGUGAUUCUACAGCUCUCUGAAGGUGUUCACCACAGAAACACACUUUGGGAAGAUUAUUUUGUGUUGUUGUUCACUGUUAAAGGGUAUAGUCUGUACAUCUGAAGACUAUUCAAUACACUGCAAUAUUCCCUGCCAUGACUCUCUCACGACAGGGUAUCUGACCUGCCUAAACCAUGGAGACAAACAACAUGAAUAUUAUUUUCCUGAGUAGGAUUACCCUACUCUUCCCAAGGAACACAACUGUGGUUUAAUGGUGAUGAUGGAUCAAAGCUAUUUCACCCAAGGGGACAGAUUCUCUACCCUAACUGUGUGUCAGACUCCAUAGUGGGUCAAUCACUCUCUGAGUUGAGUCUUUCUCCUACUAACAGUCAUGCCAUUCAUUGUGUGUAGAGCUGUGGGAAAGGCACUGCAAAUUAUACAUCACAGAAUUGUUUCACAAGCCAACCUUUUUUAUAUAUGGAAAAAGAAACCUGUUUGAAAAGCGAACCCCAAUGCUGUAUGUGUGUGUGUUGAAUAGCCCCCCCCAGCACUGUCCCACUAUGUCUUUUUGGUUACAUCAAGGCCUUCAUGAGUGGCAUAAGUGAGUUUAUUAAGGUUAUGGUUAUUGAUAUUCUAUUAAUGGAAAGACGGACAACAAUUUCUUCGCAAUCUGAAAAGCAGUCACUUGCUGAUUUAUAAAAGUGCCAAUAUGGCAACAUUAAAAGUGUAAAAAGAAUGACGAAACCACUAUGUUGAUAAAUAUACUUUUUUAAGAUCUCACUUGAAGCAUUAAGUUUUAGACUUAGUUAAGAAGCUUAACAAUAGUUUAUGUACUUUGCAGUGGUUGAAUAUUAUAACGCUCAUGUUAGGUUGAGAAAAUGGCAAUGUUUACAGAGGCAAUGUUUUGUUACACUAAUGUGUAUCAUGAUAUUUGUUUUUUUAGCUUGUUUUAUAUUGAACAUGAUUUAUCAAUAAUCCUAAAUUAUGGCAUUUUUUUGUUUUGUUUUUCUCAAACAACUCAAAACACAAAGAAUACACAUGCAACAUUUGAUUUUCCAGAUGAUCCCAUAAUGUCGUUCCCAGCAUUGUGGGGACAUUGUAGUGACAAAGUCCGUUCCUUGCCGUCUUGGAUGUCAGUCAGGCUUGGGUGUUUUUCUCCAGUGUUUCUUCCAUGCUACUCUAACUUAUGUGCUCUCUGUGUAUGACAGGAAGUCUUGUAUUUUCCUGAAGGUCUUUUCUCUUUGAAUAAACUCUAAAGUAAUUUAAA